CCCCGUUCAUCUAGUCAACUGACUACUCUGGGUGGCUAUCCUGUAACUAGUGAAAACAUACAGACUGACUAUAUAAAUGUCCUCUUACUUUCUAUCUGUUAAAAAAACAGAUCAAGUCAGAUUACAGCAAUUUCAGAAUACAGUAAUAUACUGAAUGAGAGUAUGUAAUUUUUAGACUUUCUUCUUCUCCACUGAAGCAGCUCAGCUUUAGCCAGUUGUUUCUUAUUCUGAAGCUGCCUUGGGCCCAACUUCACUCUUACUUUUCUUUGUUCCUGUUACAUUUUGAAUCUUGUCUAGGUCUCAUGUGCAUGGCUUUCCCAUUCUGGCAAGAUUUCCUCCCAAGUCACAUCUUGCGUGCCUGGUGCUGUGGGUAAAGAUCAGGCACCAUAAAACCUUUGCCAGGACUUGCCUGAACAUGUUGGAUGGAACCUAUUGCUAUGACAAUUAAACACACAAGGCAGAACUGCCAAGACGUAGCUAGGGGAACUCUUGUUAUUAUAAUCCUAAGUGGUCCUCUGUAUUUUCAUUUCUCAGAGUGAUUCAUCUGAAAGUCACCCUGUGAGACAGUUCCACUUCACUGCCUGGCCCGAUCAUGGUGUUCCAGAAACAACCGACCUCGUUAUUAGUUUCAGGCAUUUGGUUCAAGAAUACAUGAAACUGCACCCAACUUCUCCGACUUUAGUGCACUGCAGUGCUGGUGUUGGAAGGACAGGGACAUUUAUUGCACUUGACCGUUUGAUCCAUCAGAUGGAGAUGGAGAAUACAGUGGAUGUGUAUGGUGUUGUGUAUGAUCUUCGAAUGCAUCGGUCCUUAAUGGUGCAAACAGAGGACCAGUACAUCUUCCUGAACCAAUGUGUUUUGGAUAUUAUUAAAUCCAAGAAAGAAGCGAAGACAGACCUUAUCUAUCAAAACACAAAUGCCAUGGCAAUCUAUGAGAACUUUACACCAUCCCCACACACUGGAAAGGCGAAUGGCUACCACGUAUAAACUGCAAAGAAACAGUGUGCCUCCUGCCUCUUCCACGGUAGAGGGAAGAUGCACUGUUUUCACACAUCUUUAUAAACAGAGAUUGAUUUCACUUUUAAAAUAACUGAUUUGAAUAUACACAUGUUGAAGAUGCCAACAGGAACUUUUGUUUUCUAUGUAGUGUUAAAGGGACUAUAUCUUGUAUUUUGCAGAGGACAC